AUGGUCAUUGUUAACAAGAUUAUUCCGGCUCUCGCGGGCCUGGCUUCUAUUGCCUCUGCUGUUCCUACCUCCGGAAAAUACUCUGUCAAGCAGGUUGCUCGUCCUGCUACUAAGACCACCAGCUUUGCGGCUCAGUACGCUCGUGCUCUUUCCAAGUUUGGUGCGACUGUCCCGUCUCAAGUCCAGGCUGCUGUCGUCAGUGGUGUUGCGACAAACACUCCCUCGACUGACGAUGAGGAGUACUUGACCCCCGUUUCUGUGGGAGGCACAACCUUGCAGCUUGACUUCGAUACUGGUUCAUCUGAUCUCUGGGUUUUCUCUAAAGAGCUGCCCGCUGCUGACCAGUCCGGUCACGCCCUCUACACCCCAAGCUCCAGCGCUAAGCUGCUGUCCGGCUACACCUGGGAUAUCUCCUAUGGUGAUGGUAGCUCUGCUAGUGGCAAUGUUUACACAGACAAGGUGAUUGUCGGGGGUAUCACCGUCUCUGCCCAGGCCGUCGAAGCGGCGAAGAAAAUUAGCUCCGAGUUCGUCGAAGACACCAGCGAUGGCCUUCUGGGCUUGGGCUUCGACUCUAUUAACACUGUCUCGCCCAAGCCUCAGAAGACGUGGUUCUCCAACGCCGAAUCAGAGCUGGCUGCGCCUCUCUUCGGUGUUGCACUCAAGCACGGCGAACCCGGUGUGUUCGACUUUGGUUUCGCCGACUCCUCCAAGUACACUGGCUCUCUUACAUACACCGAUGUCGAUGAUUCUGAGGGCUACUGGGGAUUCUCGGUGGAUGGCUGGACUGCUGGGAGUGCGUCUGGUGACGGUUUCUCUGGCAUUGCUGACACCGGCACUACUCUUCUCCUUCUUGACGACGCUACCGUCACCUCGUACUACGACCAGGUUAGCGGUUCUUCGUACAGUGACACUCAGGGGGGUUAUGUAUUUGACUGCUCCACCACUCUGCCGGAUUUCAGUGUCACCAUUGGCAGCUACACUGCUACCGUCUCUGGCAGCCUCAUCAACUACGCUUCUGUUGGUAGCGGCUCAUGCAUUGGUGGUAUCCAGUCCAACUCGGGCAUUGGCUUCUCCAUCUUUGGUGACAUCUUCCUGAAGAGCCAAUACGUUGUGUUUGAUGCCAGUGAGCCUCAGCUUGGCUUCGCCCCUCAGAAGUAA